UGGAUUCCACUUCCUGUUAGUUUUUCUGUUAUGGUGCUGGCAAUAAAACAUUGAUUUCAGCAGUUUGUGAGCAUUGACUAGGACACUACAACAGAACAUGACCGCUUUAAGUCCAGAGGACCCUUGCUCUUUUUCAAGGCCAGAUGAAUGUAAAGUGACCAGUCUUGACCUCAUCUUAGAGGUGGAUUUUGAUUCCAGAAAAUUAUGUGGGUACGUGGACUUGUCAGUGCAAAGGAUGAAGGAUGGCAUUCAGAACCUGAUUCUGGAUACAAGAGAUGUGUCUAUCCAAAAGAUCACUGACGCUGACAACUGCCAGGAGUUGAAGUAUACACUUGGAGAGAACACAGGGAGCUUUGGAUCUAAGUUAGAGGUCCAGCUUCCAGUGUCCUCGUCUACCAGCAACAAAGUACGAGUGCACUAUGAGACCUCCCCACAAUGCACUGCUUUACAGUGGCUGAGACCGGAACAGACUGCAGGAAAAAGGCAACCUUAUUUGUUCAGUCAAUGCCAGGCAAUUCAUGCCAGAAGUAUGGUACCAUGUCAAGACACACCUGCCAUUAAAGUUCCAUAUACAGCUAAGGUGACAGCCCCAAGGGACAUAACUAUUCUGAUGAGUGCAGUAAGGUUAGAGCCAGAGCCACACCCCUCAGACAGCAGUAAACUGAUUCACCAGUUUGAACAGAAAGUUCCCAUCCCCACAUAUCUCAUUGCCAUUGUAGGAGGAGAUCUUGAGUCAAGAAAAAUUGGUCCAAGAUCCAAAGUGUGGACAGAGAAAGAAAUGGUAGAAGAGGCUGCCAAAGAAUUCUCAGAGACAGAGAAGAUGAUACAAACAGCUGAAGCCUUACUAGGGCCCUACAUCUGGGGUCAGUAUGACCUUCUUGUGCUGCCCCCAUCCUUUCCUUAUGGAGGAAUGGAAAAUCCCUGUUUGACUUUCGUGACCCCAACACUUCUGGCAGGAGACAAAUCACUGGCUGACGUGGUGGCUCACGAGAUUUCUCACAGCUGGACGGGAAAUCUCGUCACCAACAGAAAUUGGGAACACUUCUGGUUAAAUGAAGGUCACACCAUGUUUGUGGAGAGAAAGAUCACAUCAAGGUUACAUGACAAUGAGGCAUUUCGUCAGUUCCUGGCUCUGGGAGGGGCAAAAGAAUUGGAAGAAGAAAUUGAAGUAGUGUUGAAGAAUGGUCCCUACACACGACUGAUCCCAGAUCUUAAGGGAGUGGAUCCAGACGAUGCCUUCUCCAUUGUUCCCUAUGAGAAAGGCUUUACCCUGCUGUUCUAUCUGGAGACCCUGCUGGGGGGACCAGCUGUGUUUGAAAAAUUUCUGAAAGCCUAUGUAGAGAAGUUUAAACAGCAAUCUAUAGACUCAAACCAAUGGAAGGAUUUCCUAUACUCCUAUUUCACUGACAAGAGAGAAGUGUUAGACAGUGUGGAAUGGGAUAAAUGGUUUUAUGAUCAAGGAAUGCCACCCAUUAUACCAAA